UACUUCUUUAAAUAUAUACAAAGAAGAUAGGAAGGGAGAUAAUUGCCAAAAAGUUAGGAAUUGAAAAAUGAUAGCCUCCCUUGAACAAUUAGUGCAUGAAAAAGGAAGUAAAAUUUCCAUUUUCGAUUUUAAAAAGUCAAGAUAAUUAAAAACAGUAAAACAAGGGCAUUUACAAAUGGAAACAGUAGAUAAAGACUUUUCUGCUUUGAUGUUACUGUGAACAAAAGCAAAGAAUGUCACUUUUUAAUCGAUCUGAUGGACUAUAAUACUAAAUACUUCAUAGGAUCUUUUAUUUGUAUAUGUGAUAUUUGAUUAAAAUUGUUCAUCUCAUCUUCUACCAGAGAUGGAAUCUUCGAAAGCAUUAGAUACAUUAACCAGAGUGUUUGCUGUAACCUACAAAGUGAUUUUAGUAACCUUUAUUUUUACCACACACUGAAUUAAAAAAAUUCUUUGAUCAGGUGUGAGCCAUACAACAAAAAGGAAAAUGUAUUCGCUAAUACUGACAAUAGCAUGGGUGUUUUCAUGUAAUCGGAUAUCUGAUGAAAUUUUUUCAUCUUAUCUUCCACCUGAGAUGGUAUCUUUGAAAACAUUAGAUACAUUACAAGAAUAUGUUAUAUACACAGUGAUUUUAGUAACCAUAAUGUACUCUGAAUCAAAAUAUUUCUUUGAUCUGGUCACAAAACGUGCUGUGAGGCAAUUAUCGCUAAUACUUACAGUACAUGUGAUUGCAUGUUAUCUGAUACUUGAUGAAAAUUGUCCAUCUUUUGUUCUAUCUGUGAUGGAAGAUACAAAAACCAGAGUGUUUGCUAGAUUCUACAAAGUGAUGAUUUUUGGAACCUUUUUUUUUCAAGCUACUUUCGAUGCCUUUAUAAAACGCUUUGAUCAGGCCACAAAACCUGAUAGGGCUCCCAUGGAAACGAAAUGGACAAUAUAUACCGGUAUACAACAUGUACAGUUAUGUGUACAUUUGAUGUCUCUCUUAAACGCAUCAAAUGAGAAAAAAACCGAAUUGUAUGUCAGAAUCCUCAAAGUUAUUUUAAGAUACUUAAUGUUUGCAUCAAGUUUCGAUGACUUAAAAAAUUUCUUUGAUCAGGUCACAAAACCUGAUGUGAGUCAUACAACAAAUAGGAAAAUAUUUCUGCUAAUACUAGAGUUUGUGACGUUUGUAUGUUUUGCGAUUUUAUUUCCAAUGAGAGUUAUUUUUGGAGUUGUAACCAUAAAGGUACUGAAAAAAGACUUUGCAAGAAUCAGGAGCGAAUACAGAGUGACAGCUCUAAAGGGAAUUACAAGUGAAAGAUCACCUAGCAAAUACAGAAAUAUUUCAAAUGAGGGAGUUGUAAUAAAAUCUUUUGAUGGUUUACCAAGAAGUCGUCACAUACUCUCUGACAUACGACCAGGAAAUGCAAAACAAUUCAAGAAAGCUCAUGACAAUACGCUAUCAGAGCAAAUGGUUAACAACAUGUCAGUGAAAAUGAAGUCAGUUGGGGCUUUCUUAUCAAGCAAUUUUGUAAUAGGAACCGUAUUUAGAGUGGGGAGUAAAUAUGUAAUGACAGCUUUGCAUGUUGUGAAGAGAAUUACAAGUUUACCAAGAAGUCUACGGGAUGGAGUCUCUAAUAUACGACCAGGAAAUGCAAAUAAAUUCAAGAAAGCUCAUGACAAUACGCUAUCAGAGCAAAUGGUUGAUAAUAUGUCAGUGAAAAUGAAGUCAGUUGGGGCUAUCAUAUCACGUAAUUUUGCAAUAGGAACCGUAUUUAGAGUGGGGAGUAAAUAUGUAAUGACAGCUUUGCAUGUUGUGAAGAGAACUACAAGUUUACCAAGAAGACACACAGAUGGAAUCUCUGAUAUACGACCAGAAAAUGAAAAUGAAUUCAAGAAAGCUCAUGACAAUACGCUAUCAGAGCAAAUGGUUGACAACAUGUCAGUGAAAAUGAAAUCAGUUGGGGCUGUCGUAUCAAGCAAUUUUGUAAUAGGAACCGUAUUUAGAGUGGGGAGUAAAUAUGUAAUGACAGCUUUGCAUGUUGUGAAGAGAAUUACAAAUCCUAAAGAACUGUGCAGUAUUGCAGAUACUGACUGGUCCAAGCUUGAUGACCCAACUGUGUAUAUCACAUUUGCUGGAACUGUGAUGGACCUCCGAAGACCAAUAUUUCACAUUAAACCAGACGUGAUUUACAUGAACAAACAGCUAGACAUUGCAGUUCUAGAACUAAGCACUGCAAAAGAUUUGCCAAGAAGCCUAACAUUAAGUAAAGAUAUGGGGAAAAGGAAAUGCGUAAGCAUAAUUGGAUUUGGACAACCCAAUGAUUCCAGGAAACGACUGGAUGCGAACUGUGAAGUUCUGAACAUUAACCAUAUAAUUACAACCAUUGACAAUUAUUUCAAUGCAAAUCCAAGUGUCUUGCAACUAAAUGGACUUCAACCUGGUGGCAUAAAAGGUGAAUACAUUGAAUUACAUAACACUGAUAUGUUUCCUUGCCACACAUCUUUUGAACAUGGUUCAUCAGGAGCACCUGCUAUAGAGGAUAAUGAGGUUGUAGGAAUAUUGGUGAAAGGAAUACCAGCCAUUUACUAUAACCUGAGAGAUUCUUCUUAUUUUACAGCCAGUGGUAUUGACAAGUUACCUAAAAACUUGAUGUUUGAGCUCUGUAUCAAACCAGAGAGUAUCUUCAAUCAUAUGCGCUCCGUAGUACCAAUGCUAGCUGUGGAUUUAUUUGACUGAAAUGGGAAAAUAUUUUGAUAUGUUAUUUUGUGAAAUGAAGGCAUAGAUGAAUGUGAUAAGGUACUUUCAUUAACUUUCACAAGUAUAGGUCAAAAGUCGUCAAAGGAACAGAUUCAAAAGUGUUUCAUUGAGAGCUUAGAGCUUCAAACACACUCAAACUAAAAUAAAUAAAUAUAAAAUAAAGUCAUCUCUGUGUUUUAAGUGCAAAUGAUUCUCUCUUUUUUUUUGUUAUUGACAUGCCUAUAGUGUUAGCGCGCCAUGAAACCUUGUUUGUAUGACGGAAAUCAUGAAAUGACAUCACAUUAAAAGCACGCUUUGCAAUGGCGUUUUUACAGUCACAACAGAGGCACAGGCUUGUGAUAAACAUGUAUACUUUGUUUUCAUUGCUACUUGAGGCAGACACAGGAACUUUAUAAAGCAAAUAUGGUGUGUCCAUAUCUCAAUCCAGGAUAGUUUUAGUUUCUAAGCUGAGUAUACACACAUGCAUCUUGUAAUAGAAAUUGCUCUUUCUUGUUUUUAUUAAUGCCUUUCACUCUUUAACAAUGAUUUUGAUUUUACUGUGAUAAAUGCAUUUAAUAAUAUCAUUUGUAUUUCAUUUUACAAGCCUUUACAUCUUUACCUUACAGGAAGUUACAUCCAUGUAGUCUUUUGCUAUUGUUAUUGUUUGGUAAUUUUGACCUGAGAUAUUUGAAUAUUCAAUGACCUUUGGUCCGGUAUUAUCAGAUUUUGUAAUUUUAAUGUAUGUUGUUGAAUAAAUAAACUUAGAAUAACCAGCUUAAGACUUAACUUACAAGCCUUAGUGACAUAAAGGUACAAGACUUCCAGUUGGUUUCAAAUUGAAAAUUGUAUGUUUCAAUCACAUGAAUUUUUUCUAUGUUUUCUUGUAUGAUUUUUUUUAUAUUUUGCAAAAUUUAAAUAAUCCUUUUUGUUUUUGACAUGCCUAUAGUGCUAUGCUUUUAUUUAACAUGCCAUAAUGCUGUGUUUGUAUGACGCAAAUCAUGAAUGACAUCACAUUCAAAUAUAUGCACGGCCUUGCAAAGGAAUUUUUACAGAGUCACAAAAGCGGCAAUGGGUAAUUGAUAAACAUGUAUUCUAUGUUUUCAUUUUCACUAGAGGCAGACACAGAAACUUUAUGAAGCAAAUAUGGUUUGUCCAUAUCUCAAUUUAACUUGAGGAUCCAGGAUUGAGUUAGUUUCUAAGCUGAGUAUACACACACAUGCAUCUUGUAAUAAAAAUUGCUUCUUCUUGUUUAUAUAAUGCCAUUCACUCAUAUUUUGUAAAUUAACAAUACUGGACUUUUGUAAACAUGGUUUUGAUUUUUAUGUGAUAAAAUGCAUUUAUUAUAGCAUUUGUGCUUCAUUUUACAAACUGUAUUGAUCUGUUAAAUCUAUAAGUAAUUUAGUAUGUUUGUAGUCUUUUACUUAUAUUAGCAAUAUUAUUUAAUAACUAAAUAAUGCAUGGAGUAUAUACCAAUCAUUUAAAUAACAAUUCAUUUAUGUUAGUUUGUUUGUAACAAUGUUUAUCUGGUUUUUAUGUUUUCAAGACAUUUUCUUGUGAUAUCUCAGGAGUCGAUUUUACUGAAUAACUAACCAGUAAAUAACAAUUUGUCCACAAGUGACUGACUACAUGAUUUCUGUAUCAGCAGUGACGGACUCAUGACCCAUUAGACUCGAUGUCAGUGUCAGAGAAUUUAAUUUAAUGUCACAGAGAAAUUAUUCCUCCCUCGCUCGAAGAUCGCAGCCAGCGACCUUGAUUUCUAAUCCAAUGCUCUCGCUAUUUAGAUAUGUGGGAAAACAACUAUAUAGAUAAUGACGAUUUUUGUAGAUUGCAACACUACAAUAAUAAGGGAACUAUUGGUUAUGCACAACUACCUUUUCCUUCAGGAACUUUUAAAAAUUAUUUCAUAAUAAAAGGGCUCUUAGCAAUGAUUUACGCACGCAGUCAAACUUAGACUUUUUUCUCAAAAAGGUAAAGAAUAAGCAAUUUGGAUCUUUAACUCUUAUAAUCAAAUCCUCAUGAACAUUAUCCAGCCAGUAUGAAAAACAAAAUCGCUGUAUAGAUAAUAGGGCAAUAUAAACGUCUAAUGCUUAAUGAAACAAAAAUCACAUUUUGAUAGAAGUCGUUUCAUAUAUUAUUUAUUAUUCAUUUAUUUAUUUUAUUAUGGUCUGAUCUAUACAUACAUAUACAAUUAAAACAAUAUACAUACAGUGAAUUGUAUAGCCAUUCUUUUAAGAACUAUAACAGACUGUUAUAGUUUAUAAGAGACGCAACUCCACAGUCCAUAUUACAGAGAUCUAUAAUACAACUGUAAUAUCUUCUGUAGAUUUACCUCCCUUAUUUACGUUAAUUAUACACAUUUACAUGUCAAUAUAAACACAUCAUAAUUAAUAUCUCUAAGACAUUUAUAAGUAAAACAGCAUAUUCCAGGCAUUGAAUGUUAUACUUAAAAUAAUUAAAUUGUACUAAUAUUUAUACCUACAAUAUAACUGUAUGAGUAAUAACAUUAGGGUUGUAAAUAUUAAAAUGGAAGAAUGAAAUCUCAUUACUGUACUAAAUGGUACCCUAAAUGGUUGUCUCCUUAUAAAUGUACUAAAAUCAUCUAUACAUACUUAUUAUACUUUGUCUUUAUACAUUCUAAAAGUUUGAUGAUAACCACUGACCUCAACUUAAAAUCUGCCAUAAAUAAUUUGUUAAUAAAAUACUGAAUUUUGUAAAUGUGGCACUAUUGCGCAUAACAAAAAAAUGUCUUACAAAGUCAUAUAUCACUCAUGGUCAGACCAUGAAUGGACUGGUCAGUGGUGAUUAUCAAAACAGGAAGAUAAAAUUUUCUAGUUGGUUUAAAAAUACAUUUAUAACAUUUAUACAUUAAAAAGUUCUUUUGCUAUUAAAAUAUAUAUACAUGUACUUUUUGACACCUGUUUUAACUGAAAUUGU